UAGAUAAUUAAUUGUUCAGUGGGUGUCGCGAAAACAACACACAAGUCCAAUUCAGGUAGAAGAAGAAUACUGGCAACUGACCUCUAUCUGCCGCGACACCAUUGCGAUCUACUAACAAAAAGAUGGGCGACCUCAAAGGAACCGAGGACGUCGAAGAAGUUCCUAAAGAAGAAAUUAUAAAUAAAGGACCUCGCUAUGGAGUUAGAUACACCCAGGCACUGAUGAUGUUUUUGUUACUUUCCAUCGGCUACGCGAUGAGGGUGAAUUUGUCGGUGGGAAUAGUCGCUAUGACCAAAAACGACACUAGUCCAAAUCCUGAUGUCCCGACAUACGACUGGGACAAUAAGAGCGUAGUCCUCUCUUCCUUCUUCAUGGGUUACAUCAUCCUCCAGGUGGGAGCUGGCGAGCUUGGGAAAAAGUACGGUGUCAAAUGGUUCGUCGUUGUGGCAAUGUUGAUGAAUUCCGUCGCUUGCAUUUUGACCCCGAAAAUGGCUGACGUGUUCGGUUCGUACGGUGUGAUGGCCUGCAGGAUAGUCCAAGGAUUGUUUCAAGGAUUUUUCUUUCCGUCCGUGCACAAUAUUCUAGGGAAAUGGGCGCCGCAGAACGAGCGGUCCACCAUCGGAAAUAUCGUAUUUACUGGAGUAGCAUUUGGUACUAUAAUAGCUACACCCGCUACGGGCUUGAUUUCGCAAUCGUGGGUCGGCUGGCCGGUAGCAUUCUAUCUUUUCGGGGGACUAGGUAUAGCUUGGAGUGCACUGUGGGCGAUAAUAGGAGCAAAUAACCCUAGGGAGCACAAGUCAAUUACCCCCGAAGAAAGGAACUACAUCGAACGUUCCAUCGGAACAAUCGAGAAUGAAAAUAAACAUCAAACCCCAUGGAAAGCAAUCUUCACUUCCAUGCCAGUGUGGGCUAUAGUUGUAGCCAAUUUCGGGCAAAAUUGGGGGUACGCCACAUUGCUGACUGAAAUUCCGAACUAUCUCGACAAAGUCUGCGGAAUGGAAAUGUCUAAGAAUACCUGGCUAUCUGCAGCGCCAUACGCGGCGUAUUUUAUACUGGGCUUAGGAUUUGGGCCACUAGCUGACUAUUGGAUUGUACACAAGUAUUUCUCAGCUGGAACUACGAGAAAAAUCAUGAAUUCCAUCGGCGUCGUUGUGCCUGGUAUAGCUUUGGUAGUGUUGGGUUUUAUACCAGAAGAUCAAGUGGCUUUAUCCGUCGUCCUUCUCAUCAUAGCGGUUGGCGCAAACUCAGCAGUCCUAUGCGGCUUUCAAGUAAAUCACGUGGAUCUUUCUCCGAAAUAUGCCGGUACAUUAAUGGGAUUAGGAAACGGUUCAUCAAAUAUAUUUUCGAUUAUAUCCCCGUUGGUGGUGCAAGCUGUAGUUACAGAUGAGAGUGACAAAUCAUUAUGGAGAAUAGUUUUUAUCAUCGCGGCCGGAUGGUAUGUAGUGUCGGACAUAUUCUUCCUCAUUUAUGCGUCUGGCGAAAGGCAAUGGUGGGAUAAUAUAGAAAACACGAGCUCGGAUGCUGAUACAGUGGUCGUGGAAAAUCUUUCCAAGGGAAAUAAUGAGUUAGUUGAUGGUGGCGGUGAGAUGACCACUGGUGAAAACGUUCGUGAAGAAGUGAAAAGGGAUAUUGGGAAAAUUAUGGAAAAAGGACCACGACUGGGAUGUAGACACGUGCAGAUGAUUUUGUAUUUUCUGCUAAUGUGCAACACUUAUUGCAUGAGGUCCGCGCUGUCAGUCGCCAUCGUUGCCAUGAACGACAAUUCCACCAGCGAAAAUCAAGAUAUCCCCACGUACCAUUGGACCGAUCAAAGUAUUGUACUCUCAGCCUUCUUCUGGGGUUACAUAAUUUUCCAAAUUCCCGCUGCCCAUUUUGGAAAAAAAUACGGGAUCAAGUGGAUUUUGGUGGGCAGCACAACACUGGACUCUAUAGCGUGCAUAUUGAUUCCAACCAUGGCACAUGCAUUUGGAUCUCAAGGCGUUAUGCUGUGCAGAUUUUUCCAGGGAGUUUCUCAAGGCUUCGUGUUGCCACUAGUAAACACAUUACUAGGGCAUUGGGCACCUCCUUCGGAAAGGUCUAGGAUCGGAACGUUUUCUUAUGCAGGAUCGGUGUUCGGAAAUAUCGUAUCGCUCCCGAUAACCGGAGUGAUAUGCUCGAGCUGGUUGGGCUGGCCAUUUUGCUUUUAUCUGUGGGGAGCGUUCGGAUUAAGCUGGGUAUUCUUGUGGAUGUUCUUUGGCUUCGACCGUCCAAGGAGUCACAACUCCAUCAGCAAAGCUGAAAUGGCCUACAUCGAACACAGCUUAGGCCAGCAGCGUAAUCAAAAGAUAUACAAGAUUCCGUGGAAGGAAAUCUUUAAAUCCGUGCCAGUAUGGGCGUUAGUGGUAUCCAAUUUAGGGGUUAAUUGGGGUAGUUCAGUAUUCCUAACUCAGACGCCAACAUUUUUGAAUAAAAUUCUGAAGUUCGAUAUCAAACAAAACGCUUUGCUCUCAGCAGCGCCAUAUUUGGCAAUGUGGAUAUUUUCCUUUAUAUUCAGCUUCAUCUGUGAUAUUAGCAUUAAUAGGAAGUGGAUCGGUAGGGGAGCGGCAAGAAAGAUCUUCAACACUAUAGGAUCAGUGUGUCCGGCAAUAGGUCUGCUAGCGGUAGGGUUCCUAAAUAAUCAACAGAAAGGGCUGUCCGUAACCAUGUUAAUCGUGGUCGGAGGUAGUACGGCCGGCGGAUUCUGCGGUUUCCAAGUAAACCACCUAGAUCUAUCUCCCAAUCACUCGGGGAUCCUGAUGGGUCUGAGCAACGGUUUAACCAGUAUAUUUUCUGUGAUAUCCCCCGUGAUAGUGCACUACAUAGUUACGGACCAAGAAAAUCCCAUUCAAUGGAGGACAAUAUUUAUUAUCGCUGGGGUGGUUUACGUGAUUACGGAUAUUUUUUACGUGAUCUUCGCUUCCGGCAAAGUGCAACCUUGGAAUGACAAAUUCGAUGAAGUUAAACAGCCGGUACCGGACAAGAAAAACCUUUCCUACACAAAUUCACUCUUCUUCGUUGAGCUUGCAGACGAUUGAAGGCAAAUUUGAUAUUUAUAUGUAUUUAUUUAUUUAUUGUAAAUAUGUGAUUAUAUCGAU